AUGGAGGAAAGAGACGCAGGCCCGACAUGCACGGCCUAUCAGGUGACCGCGCAGACGAACUCCGACCCCGACUACCACCUCAGCUGCCUUCUCCGGCGGCCGCAGGCCUUCGCACCGCUGCAAUUCGCGCCCGGUACAGAGACUGUCACCAACUUGCGCGAGACGCACGUCCUCGUCGUCGGAGCGGGAGGCCUCGGCUGCGAAGUGCUCAAGGGUCUCUGUCUGUCUGGUUUCCGCCGCAUCGACGUCAUCGACAUGGACACGAUUAACGUCACGAAUUUGCACAGGCAGUUCCUUUUCCGCGAGUCACAUGUGGGAUGCGCGAAGGCGCAAGUCGCCGCUGAUGUUCUGAACGCGCAGUACGCGCAUCUGAAUGUUCGCGUUCGAGGACACGUGUGUCGGCUCGAGGAGAAGGACGAGGCGUUUUAUCGCCAGUUCCAGCUCGUCAUUUCGGGGCUCGACAGCAUCGAAGCCCGACGCUGGCUGAACGCGAUGAUUCACAGCUUGGCUGAGAGAGACGAGAACGGCGAAGUCGACCUCAGCACAUGCAUUCCUCUUCUCGAUGGCGGCACUGAAGGGCUGAAGGGACAGGCGCGCGUCAUUUUCCCCUUCGUCACCUCUUGCUUUGAAUGUUCGCUUAGCAGCUUUCCGCCUCAGACGACCUAUCCGCUCUGCACCAUCGCCGAGACGCCGCGGCUGCCAGAACACUGCAUCGAGUACGCCAUGCUGGUUCUGUGGGGCAAACACUUCCCGGACUGCCAGUUUGAUGCAGACAACCCCGAGCACCUCGAGUGGGUCUACGACAAAGCGAAAUCGCGAGCCGACCACUUCGGCAUCCCAGGCGUUACGUAUCGCCUGACUCUCGGAGUGACCAAACGCGUCAUCCCCGCAGUCGCGAGCACGAAUGCGAUCGUCGCAGGGAUGCUUGUAGAAGAGGCGGUGAAGAUCGUGACAUUCUGCGUCUGCAGCACACACGACAUUCGCGUCGCCGAGACUGACAGGCUUCACCUGUCAGAGGCUGUCGCGGCGUCUCCGCUGCGCUCGUUGCCUUCCUCAGCUUCAUCCUCUCGCGGGGAAGAAGCCGCUAAGGUGCGGCGGAGUCGCCCCGCCGAAGGAGACGACGAGGGCAAGAAGCGCGCGGCUUCGGCCGUCCCGUCGUCCACUUGUUCGUCUUCGGCGCCAUCUGCUCAUUCGUCCGGUCCUGCGUCGCCUACUGAAGAGGAACGGAGGUCCCAAGGUCUGCGGAGAGGCUCCGCCGAAAAACGUGGCGGUCACACAGAAGACGGGAGUCGUCAGAACAGUUCGCGCGAGGGGACAGCUCAACCCGAGGACGAAUUGUCUGGCGUCCAAAAUUAUAUCAUGUACAUGGGCGAGGCAUCUGUAUACACGCACACCUUCGAAUACGCGAAAAAACCCGAUUGCGUGGUUUGCAGCGGGAAAGGGGCGGUGAAGCGCUUCGUGGAUCCGGACCAGACCCUGCGCGAUCUGCUUGAUCUUCUCUGCCAGGAGCCCAGGCUCAACCUGAAGAGUCCUAGCAUCUCAAGUUCGGCGGGUGUAGUUUUCCUGCAGUCGCCUCCACAGCUGCGCCAGCAGUUCGAGGCGAAUCUCUCUAAGAGCUUGCGGGAGCUCGCGACCGCAGGGCUAGUCCGCGAAGGCGAAGAACUCCUCGUGACUGACUCCGCUUUGCCUUCGCCCCUUCGCCUGAGGCUCGUCUUCGAGCCAAAAGUGUCUCGGCUGCCCCGGUAG